AACUAGUUUGCUGCCAUUUUUACUUUGCGAAUAAGGACAGGUUUGCAUAAUAUGGCGACCGCUUACAUAGGCAUACAUCCAAAUAAAGCGUGCGUUACCUGCUGAUAGGUGAUGACCGUCCCUGUCAAAUGCUCGUGGUUUAUUAGAGGAGUCUCGUGCACUUGUUGUGCGCCGCAGGCUGGUUACAGUAACACUCAACAGUGUUUGACUUCAACUUCAACAGACACAAUGGGAUGCGCAUCUAGCUCGACUACAACUCAAGACACAACACAACCCAACACCAAACAAGAUGAAGAGACAGGGAAUGAAAACGGUGGUCCUGCUGUGGACAGUGAGACAAAUCCAGAACAAUCCCAGGCUGAGGAAUCUCCACAGACAGCCACUGAUGAGACCAUCACACCUGAUGCUGCUGACCCUGUAGAAGCUGCCAAUGAUCAGGCUGAAGUAGCAGAAACUGACCCCUCAACCACAGGUGAAGGUCAUGAAGAACCUGCAGCAGGACAAAGUGAAAACACAACUGAGGACAAGACAGAUUCCUCCACUCCAGAGAACGCACCUGAAAACAAAACUGAGGAUUCCUCCCCUCCAGAGGAAGCUCCUGCCUCUACUGAAGAAAGUUAAGUCUGCAUCGAUCGGCACAGCUACUCCUCAAUCAAGACUCAUUUUAGUAAAGUCAGCAUUUUAAAAUUACAAGUACAACAUGUUAAUGUGGUGAAUACUUAUUGCUUGCUUGUUGCCAAGAAAUAGACCAGCUGGUCUAGUAAAUCCCUGUGCCUUUCUUUAUAUAGAUAUAUAUCUCAGUGGUUCCCCCAAAGUUUUAUAACAUUUAAAAAAAAUCAUUAAUUCUGUGUGAUCGAACCUCAGCACCUCAUUUAAUAAUUCAAUACAUUUUGUUUAAUUCAGAUUGUACAUUUGAGAUUGUUUUCUGUCAAGAAUUAUUUUUUGGUGGACCGCAAAGGGAUGCACGCCGAAGAUUUUGAGAACCACUGAUUUAUAUAAUGCAGAUACCCAACACCAGGUAUAGUUUAAUGAAUUGGUGUUGCUUUAACUAUAGAUCUUCUAUUGGUGCCUCUCC